AUGCUUCGUCUUCAAACCUGGAUCAGAACUCUCGGCACCCUUAACCUAGGAUCUGUGGCUUUAAGCAACGGCCGACCUUCGAUCUAUAAUAGUAGUACCUUCGCUCAGAUCCUCCACCGCACCUACACACGACGGACAAUGGCCACCGCGAUGUGUAAACGCCUUGACGGCAAGACGGUCCUGGUGACGGGUGCAUCUUCCGGUAUUGGCAAAGCCACCGCCUUGGAAUUCGCCCGUUCUUCACCGAGGAACCUGAAACUCAUCCUGACGGCACGGAGGUUCGAUUCGCUGAAGCAGGUUGCCGAAGAGAUCAAGGCGGAGGUUGGCGAGGGCGUGAAGGUGCUUCCCAUCCAACUGGAUGUCAGCAAGAAGGAGAAUAUCGACAAGUUCAUCGCCGAACUGCCUGAGGAGUUCAAGGAGAUUGAUAUCCUAGUGAACAAUGCCGGACUUGUCAGAGGUGUAGCAAAGGCCCCUGAGAUCGCCACGGAGGAUCUGGAGGUGAUGUUCGACACCAAUGUCUACGGCUUGAUUCACAUGACCCAGGCUGUGCUACCUAUUUUCCAGAAGAGACCCGAAGGUGGACGGGGAGACAUCAUAAAUAUCGGAAGCAUCGCUGGUAGGGAGGCAUAUCCCGGUGGCAGCAUCUACUGCGCUACCAAGGCGGCAGUCAGGAGCUUCUCCGAUGCCCUCCGAAAGGAACUUGUGGCUACCCGCAUCAGGGUGAUUGAGAUUGAUCCAGGUCAGGUUGAAACUGAGUUUUCCGUCGUGCGAUUCUACGGAGAUAAAGCCAAGGCCGAUGCUGUUUAUGCCACCAAGUAA